AUGACCACUUUCUUAUUCUGGACACCCACUACUCCAGCGAGACUCUGUGAAUAUCUAGCAGACUUUCCAGCAUUACAUCGCAGGACUCAGCGGCUCGAGGCAUCCCCAAGCCGCAAUCCCACGUACGCAUAUGUAGAUUCGAUAAUUCUCGCCGUAUCGUCACGAGUUUUCGUUGACCUACCACUUGCUCGUGAUAAAGCCAGGCUCGACAUCAUUUCCGCCUACAUAGCAGAAGCGGUUGCAACCGGCGAUGCGCUCCGACCCUAUCCUCACUUCCUACGUCCUCUAUUCAGACCAUUCCUCGCUCCCCAAAGUCGCAUGGCUGCCAUCCUCUCCAUAGCCCAGAUCAUUCUAGGGUCCGCUAUACUGGAGAGACAAGACCCAAAUCAUAAAGCCAAUGACUUAUUAGGGUUCCUCAUUGCGACAUCGAAAAAUGUACAUUGA